UUCUUCGACAACAUACAGGAUGCCAUCAAUGCCGCUCGUUUGCUUCGCAAGUGUCUGCCUUCUGAGUUCCGCAACAAAAUUAAAUGGUUCAAUUCAGACAUGUCGAGUACUUACAAGGAUGCUGAGCUUGGGAACACUGUAUUGGGAGAAACAUGGGGGUUCUGUACAACCGACUCAUUUGGAAUGGGUAUGGACGUUCCGGAUAUCGAGAUCAUCAUCCAAUGGCGGGCAACGUGCCACCUUGCCACAUUAUGGCAACGUUUGGGGUGCGCUGCACGAAACAAACAGUUGAUGGGCACAGGGUUGCUCUUUACUGAGAAAGAGCACUUUGAUGACAAGCGGGAGGCUCGGGCCAUCAGAAAAACACAACAUGAGAACACUCGCAAAUGCAAAGCAGCAGACUUACUGGAGGCACGAAACAAUAAGUGUCGCACAGUUGCUCUCUCAGAACUACCCGCCAAUGUCUCCCCAUCAGCUCCAUCCUCUUGA